GGAUCACUGAUAGCGAGGGACAAAAUGUAAUUAUGGGAGGGUUGUAUCAUUAUUAUGAGGCAAUCCAGUCCCCCUCAAUUAGAUAUUUUGGAUGAGGUACCACAGUUUCAUCAAAGCUACCUGCAUUCCCCUCAUUGCUCAGGUAGUUUGUACCUGAAGCAUGAUGUACCCACAAUCCUGAAAAACCAAUAAGAACACACUAAUGGUAUGUCAUAAUGGAAUAAAAACACCCCUAAACUCCUUAACAUGAAUGUAUGUUGUCGAGUCAUAGGUCAGUCUGAGUCCCUGAUGCCCCUUUAACAGCACAGGUCCUGUAUUAUCUUACCACCAGUGAGGAUGUGUAGCUGAAAAGCGCUGACUCACUUAAGAGUGCUCUGUUGCUAUGGAAACCCCCUCCCUUUCCUUCACACAUGCACUCCCAUUUUGAGUGAUAAUCCAUAGCAAGACAGGGGAUGUAGCCUAUUUCAGAGAGUGCUGAUCUAAGGCCUUUGUUGUCGGACCUCUAAUUAUUGAGGGUAAGCUCAGAGAGGUGCGAGAAGAUUUAAAAGACUUAGUGCAAUUAAUCUGUAUUGAUGGCAUGUUACACACAGAACAGCAAAUACAUCUAGACCAAUUAUAUAAAAAUGUCCAUACUUGGUAAUAGUAAUCAUGGUAAUAUUAGCAAACAAUUACCGAGAACAACAGAUGUGUAGACGUUACCACAUUAAAAGUAGACCCUAUUUAACAAACACAGAAAGGGUGAGCUUGACCAGUGUUGUCAAGUGUCAGGUUGUGUUCUGUCACAUACAAAAGAAGUGCUAGACACAGCCUUAUCUUUUCAGCUGCAUUAUACAAACCUUUUAUACAAUGUGUGUGAUUCAUCUGAUAUGUCUGACUUUUAGGGUUUUGAAGAUCAUCCAGCUAAGGACUUCGUCAUCCACAAAAAAAAAACUUCAGCAGGCUUUGAAGAGGAAGCACUCACUGAAGUUUUUGAGGAAGAUUCCAGAAGACACCUGCCUCAUUGUUCACCAAAUGACUACAUCAGCACAGAGCUAGAAUCAUACAUUAACAUACACUUCUUCUCCAUUUCUCUUUCUCAAACACGUAUGUAUCAACACAGGCAACAAUCAAUUUUCCAAUACACUUAACACAUCACGCAGGCCGCAAAUGAGGAACACAUCAUUGGACCAUUCCUCUUGACUCCAGCUUCUCUUGCAAGGUUUAUCUAUCAUUCACUAGAUUGGCCAUGGAGGUCUGUCCAGUUCCUCAGAUAAAGGUGGACAGCGCCAGUGACCAGGUCCAGGAAGAGGAGGUCAAGGAAGUUGAGCACCAGGAGGAGGUGUGUUCCACCUCAGAUGACCACCUGGGGACCUUGAAGGCCUUGACGGAGAAACUGAGGCUGGAGACCCGGAGGCCGUCCUACCUGGAGUGGAAAGCCCGGUUAGAGGCUCAGAGCACCAAACGCUCAGUUGUUCCACAGGAGCAGCUUGGACCGGACCUGGAGGAGUCCACGAGGCAGGACAAGCCCAAAGAGAAGGACCUGAACUCGGGUCAGACAGAGCACAGUCUCCCCUCCGGACCGCUGAAGGGGUUCGAAAACAUUGAUGAGGCGAUUAUCUGGCUGAGGAAAGAGCUGAUAGAGAUGCGUCUACAGGACCAGCAGUUGGCCAGGCAACUCAUGCGUCUCCGCAGCGACAUCAACAAGCUGAAGAUCGAGCAGACAUGCCACUUGCACCGCCGCAUGCUCAACGAUGCCACCUUUGGCCUGGAGGAGCGUGAUGAGUUGUCUGAUCUUCUGUGCGACUGUCCCGUCACGCCGGGCUUUGGUCUUUCUGCACCGCUGCGCCUCAUCGGUGUCACCAAGAUGAACAUCAACUCCCGCCGGUUCUCUCUCUGCUAACUAUCAUUAGCUUUGCUAGCAUUAGCCUUAGUCUCAAACGACUCUUUGAAGGCUUUUCUUGACCUGAAAGUGAACUCGGGUGCUAGAACCUAUAUGGACAUUUGUACUUUAGCACAUCUUUGGUUCAGUCUUUGCCUGCUUAUGCUGGGGUGUCUGAUAUUUGGUGUGGUGAUGGCCCCACAAACUCAUCCUCUGUAGCCAAUCCUGAUUUUGCUAGCAUCUUAAUGAUUGUAGAUAUAUUUCUGAAAAAAACGAAUGGGUUUGUACAAUUAUGCCUUAAUAUUGUUUCAUACAACAUAUUCACAAUCAUAAUCAUCAGCUUAAUAUUGAUUUAGAAUUCAAUUGAAAUUAAAAGUAUUAUGGUAAAAUUAUAUUAAAUCUUUAUAUCCACAUAUUUUACUUUG